AUGCAACUUAAGUGGCUAAUAGGUCAUUGUACCUCAACUCAAAUCGAAAUUCCCAAAAUUGCUAAGCCCAACCUAAACCACGCCGCAGAACACGCCCGCGUCCUCGAGCAGAAGCUAAUCUCGCUCACACAAUCAUGUAAAACCCGGGAAAACCUCCUCCAGAUCCACUCCCACAUAAUCACCACCGCCGCCGGCCGCCGCACCCACCUCCUCACCUCCCAUUUCCUCUCCGCCUGCUCUCGCCUGGGCCUGACAACCCACGCCCGUCAGGUGUUCGACCAAUUGUCCGACCGGCACCACACCUCCCUGUGGAAUGUGCUCUCCAAAGGAUACCUCUACAACAACUCGCACCAUGACGUCAUACUCCUGUUUGCUGACAUGAUGCGGGAAAAUGUGAACCCCAACUGCUACACCCUGCCCGUCGUGCUCAAGUCCUGCUCCAAGCGGCCUGGAAUCAAAGAAGGCGAACAGGUUCAUUGUUUGGCUGUCAAGAACGGUUUCAAGUCGAAUACUUAUGUAGGGACUAAUCUGAUCGAGUUCUAUUCCUCUGCGGGCCACGUGGGACUUGCGUACCAAGUAUUUAAGGAAAUGGUAAUAAGGAACGUUGUUUCUUGGACAGCAAUGAUAAACGGCUACUUAGCCAACAGAGACUUGGUCUCUGCAAGGAGGCUCUUUGACCUGUCGCCCGAGCGUGAUAUCAUUCUCUGGAAUAGAAUGAUUACGGGCUAUACAGAAUCCGGUGACAUGGCGGAGGCCAGGAGGCUAUUCGACUCGAUGCCGGGCAAAGAUUUGAUGUCCUUCAACACUUUGCUUCACGGGUAUGCAAAUAACGGUUACCUGGAGGAAUGCGAGGUUCUGUUUGAGUCCAUACGCGAGAAAAAUAUAUUUUCUUGGAACGGAUUAAUCGCGGGUUACGCGCGGAACGCGCGUUUUCUCGAGGUUAUUCGCACUUUCGAGAGGAUGCUCGGAGAAAACGACGUGAAGCCCAACGACGCCACGUUGGUUCACGUGCUGGCCGCUUGCUCGAAAUUAGGAGCUCUCGAUUUCGGAAAGUGGGUGCACGCGUAUUCCGAGGAAAAUGGGUAUGGAAAGAAUUUAUACGUCUGCAAUGGGUUGGCCGACAUGUACGCCAAGUGCGGAUUGGUCGAACGAGCGAUUCGUGUUUUCCGUGGAAUGAAUAAAAGGGAUUUGAUAUCUUGGAACACGAUCAUUAAUGCCUUAGCCGUGCACGGCCAUGGUUCGUAUGCUCUCGAGUUCUUUGACGAGAUGAAAAAAAGUGGAGAGAGACCCGACGGCAUAACUUUUAUCGGCAUAAUUUCCGCGUGUUCUCAUUUGGGUUUGGUGAAAACGGGCUUAAGCUAUUUUCGUUCGAUGAGUGACGACGUGUACUCGAUCGAGCCCAAAAUCGAGCACUACGGAUGCGUCGUCGACCUCUUGGCCCGAAACGGUCUCGUGGAGGAGGCUAUGGAUUUCGUGCACGAGAUGCCUCUGAAAGCGGAUGGGGUUAUAUGGACGGCUAUCUUAGCUUCCGCGCGGAUUCACAAGAAAAUCGAGUUUGCUGAGGUGGCGCUGAGGAGGCUCAUGGAGCUUGAUCCAAAGAAUCCCGCGAACUACGUGAUGCUGUCGAACGUUUAUGGGGAGGCUCGGAAGUGGGAUGGGCUGGCCCGGUUGAAGGUUGCGGUUCGGGAUAUGGGGUCGAGAAAGGUGCCUGGCGUGAGCUCGAUUGAAUUGGACGGUGAGAUUCACGAAUUUUACGCGUUUGAUGAGAGGCAUGCGGAGUCGGAGGGAAUUUAUCGUGUUUUGAAGGGAUUGACUGAGAUGUUGAGGUUGUGUGAAUGUGAUGGUGUAGGUGAAGUGAAGCUUGGACAUGAAAUGUGGAGUGGUUAA